AGACUUUCGGUUUUAGACUUAGUGUCAAGUUUUGAUGCAAUUUAGAAUUAUGUUUGGAGACUAUCGUUAAUUUAUCCUGCAUACCUAAGCUUAAAAUCAACUAAAUUUGCAACUAGGUUUCAAGAAGAAAAAUAAAAAUAAGAACUUGAUACUAGUAGUGUAGAACACUGAAUAUCAACAAUGGAAGAUACCGCUGGAGCUAGUGGUACUGCACAAGGAGGGGAAGCAGAAAAAAUGCUACCAACAACUAAGGAUAAAGAUAAAGGAAAAGAGUCAUCAGGAGGAAAGUACAUGAAGAAGACAACUCUGACCAUUCUCCUGGGGAUCCUUAAUGUCUUCUUACUGGCCAUCUUGAUUUUCAUCAUUGCCUUUUUUGUGAAGGAUAAAUCCCAGAGAGUGAUAAUCAACCCUUCAAAGACAUUUUGUCUGCCUUGUGAUGAGGUAUCCAUCCACCCUGAUGAUGACCCAAUCAAUUUCAGGCAAUUUUCUAAGAGAGAUGAAAAUGGAAAGGAGAUUUGUUGUGCAGAUGAGGGUCAAAACUUGGAUAAACUGAUGGAAUUGUAUGUUGAAAGGAAGCAUGCUAUGAAAGCAUCAGCAAUGAACACCCAGGAACUUCAGGCAGCUUGUAACAGUAAGGUGGAUGACUUUGAACCAAGAGUUAUAGGAAGGGUAGCUGGUAUAGCAAAUACAAGUCCAGAUGGUGUUAACCAUAAAGUUCACUGGAAGAUGACUGGAAAUGAAAGAGGCCUCUACUUCAAAGAUAACGUCACCUAUAGUGAUGGUGAGUUUGUAAUCAACAAACCAGGAUAUUAUUACGUCUACUCCCAGGUCACACUGGACUUCAGUGCUGCCAAACAAGAUCAGACCAAAAGUCUUUGCCACUACCUGUAUAAAACUCCUCAAACAGGACAACCAGACAAAUUGUUGGAAAACAGCCGCACUCGUUGUAAAUUCCAGGGUUCCAGCACACAAUCAACAAGUUAUAUUGGAGCCGUCUUUAAUUUCAACGCGAAGGACAAAUUGAUGGUGAAAGUCAGCGAUCCAAAUAUUCUUGACAAAGCAGACUCAAAGAGUUAUUUUGGACUUCAUAUCAUUUAAACACCUAUUUAUUUUCAAGUGGGGGGUAUUCAUUAAAAGAUAUUUUGGAUUGACAAUCAGAGUUUUAAUGCCUUUAGAAUUUUCUUUGUUUGGGAAAAAUUAAUGAAACUUUUCAUUAUUUUUUAUAACUAAUUGUAAAAUUGAGAUGAAAUAUUUAAACAUAUUUUAAAUUGAGACAGUUGUGACAAGUGAAUUACAAAAUGUACUUGAACAGAAGAAUUAGAAAUGAUUGUUUUUGUCACUUGACUAAUAAGCAGUGCCAUAUUAAGAUUUUGUUUUUGUGUUGAUUAGAUUUUUUUAUUUGUGUUUUCUUUAUUAAGUGCUUCACUUACAUUAGUUUUUGUUGUUAUGCAUUCCUUAUAACAUGUUUUAUGGUCACAUGGUAUAUUUCCUUUUUAAAUAACUUGUUUAAAAUUUUCUCAUCCUUUAUUUGAUUUCUGAAAACAUGAAAUAUAUGAACAAAAAUAAAGCUUAUUGAAAAUUUCUGGACCUGCCACUUUAAAUGACCUUACUAAAAUAUAAUUUGUCUUAUUUAGAGCUGAAGUUAACUUCUACAAAUAAAGAGGAACACUUGAAUUCACUGAAAAAAAUGUGUGACUGAAAGCAAGAUCUCUUUUUUUAAUUUUUACUUUAUUUAAACAGGAAAUAUGCACAGAUUUGUGACAUAAUAUAUUUUUAAUACCCUACUAAAUCGUUUUGCUUUGAUUGUUAAUGUACUAGCAUACAAUAAAUAGCUUUAUGUAACUUUUUACACUGAAUUAUUGUCAUAUUUACUUAUUGUACUCAUUGUACAGAUUAAACCCAUAUUAUCUUACUGGUGUGUUAAACAUAUAUAAUAGUUUUAAAAAAAGAGUCUUAAAGACAGAUCAAGAUAUGUGCUUAGCAAAUGAGAAAUUAUGAUCAUGAACAUUUAGGUUAUGACCCCAUAGUGCUAGCAAAUUUCCUUUGGAUACAAACACAUUUUUGUUUGAAAAAUAAAAGUCAAGAAAAAUAUGCAAUCAUUGAUUAUGAAUUAUACUCAUAUUGUUGUUCCUUAAAUGUUUCAACACAACUGUAUUCAAAUUGAUAUAACUAACUAAAUUGAGAUGUUUUGUAUACAUUGUUAAAAUGAGUGUAUAACCAAGGUUUAUAUCUGAUUUGUAACUAAUUUCUACUGUAUUGGUGAAGGACAUGAUGCACAACUUGUAAUUUGUUGUUGAUUUUACAGUUUUAUAGAGAAAUAAUCACCAAAAAUAUUUUGUAUAUGAUAAUGUAUUUUAAAUUAUGUAGUUCAUUUUUUCUUAAGUGUUGGUUAGCAUAGCAUUCCUAACUUCUAUGGGCAGUUUAUACUACAAUGUACCUCUAAAACAAAUCAAAUGAAUUAAAAUGAACAAAAUUUAAAACAUGCAUAGUCUAUGGGGAUUGUUUAAUUUAGUUUUGAUAUAUCUUUUAAAGAUAGAUAAUCCCUUCCUGCCUUAAAUUAAAUUUAAUAUUCAGUUCCUAAGAUAAAAAUUGAAAGUUAGAAACACCUAAUUUUUCCUGAAAAUGUAAUGUAAUCGUUACAAGGACAUUGAUUCAUAGUUGUAAUUAUUCAUAAAUCAUUGUAAAAAUGCAAUAUUCUUUUGUAGCAUUAUAUCAGUUCAAAGAAGCAUUUUAAAUGCUCAGCUUGAAAGCUUUUAUACUAAUGUAUUUUAAUCAUAUAAUUUAAUCUGUGUUUUGUCCUGUUUUGUAAAUAAGUCUUUAGUUUUUAUAAAUAAAAAAGCCAAAAAAAUAA